AUGGUGAACAUUCCUAAAAUGUGCUGGACAUUCUGUAAGAAGUGUGGCAAGCAUCAACCCCACAAAGUGACACAGUAUAAGAAGGGCAAGGAUUCUUUGUAUGUCCAGGGAAAGAGGUGUUAUGACAGGAAGCAGAGUGGCUAUGGUGGUCAGGAAAGCCGAUUUUCUGGAAAAAAGGUUAAAACUAUGAAGAUUGUGCUGACACUUGAGUGUGUUGAAUCUAACUGCAGAUCUACGAGGAUGCUGGCUAUUGAGAGUUGUGAGCAUUUUGAACUGGGAGGAGGUAAGAAGAGAAAGGGCCAAGUGAUCCAGUUCUAA